GUUAUACGUAUAUACACGUCCGAGUUCCAUGUGGAUAUGUGUGAGUGGUGCGACGACGAUCGUGCGCUGUGCGCCUCGCGACAGCGACAGCUCGGAUCAUUCGGCUGUAUCGCGUGAAUACAGCUGUCGACACUGCGGAAGAGCUUCAGCAGAACCGAACUGCCACUGCCAGCGUUCAGUUCGUUCGUUCUGUUUCUUCCCUACGACCUGGUUCUCUUGUUUCACCUCUGCCACCCUCCGCGUGAGAAUGCGAGAUCGCGAGCAAACCUAAGACACGAGUCUUCUUCUCCCGAGGAAGGUACAACGGCAGAGAGACGUAUGCCUGUUACGCGAACAGGCCGCGGUUAUGUUUUUCGAUGGAGAGUACUUUAACGACAAUGGCAGCAACGUCCCCGUCGAAGAGGAGACUGCAGAAGGAAUUGAUGUCUUUAAUACGUGAGCCUCCACCAUGUGUACACGUAGAUGCAGAGUUAGCUGGACAAAAUUUGACGCAGUGGAUCAUCCAUAUGGAAGGUGCUAAGGGCACGCUGUACGAGGGGGAACAAUUUCAGCUUCAGUUUAAAUUUAGUUCAAAGUACCCAUUUGAUUCUCCAGAAGUGACUUUUAUUGGUGGAAAUAUCCCUAUACAUCCACACGUCUAUAGUAAUGGUCAUAUUUGUUUAUCCAUAUUAACGGAGGAUUGGUCUCCUGCUCUCAGUGUGCAAAGCAUCUGCCUGAGUAUCAUUUCAAUGCUAAGCAGCUGUAAAGAAAAGAAGAGACCACCUGACAAUACGUUUUAUGUGAAAACUUGCAACAAGAAUCCAAAAAAGACAAAAUGGUGGUAUCAUGAUGACAAUGUCUAAUAUUGAAGAUCAUAUAAAGUUCUUAACAACUUGUCAACACAUUUGUUGGACCAAGUGGGAUAACAUCCAAAUGUGGAACUUGCAUUCAAUAGAAUUUUCAUGCUUAUCAUAUUAUAUUAUAUAGUAAAGUCAACAUAACAAGAAAUUAGUACUUUUAAGAAAAGACAAGGCUACAACUUACUUAUUAUUAUAAUUAUAGAAUUAAU